AUGGCCCGCACGGCAAAGUCGUCGGCCUCGCGGAGAUCCGGCCGCUCAUCCGGGUCGUCGACGUCCUCGCACACGACGGUCCAGACCGAGACGUCAAAGCACAGCGUGCCCAUAACCUCGGCGGCAACCUCCUUUCUCAUCUACUUUGCCGGCGGCCGCCCGAGCCGCCACUCGCACCUGCGCAAGGAGAAGGUCACCACCGAGACCGACUACGGCGACUACACCACUACCUACGUCGAGGACCAGUGGUACUUUGUCGGCCAGCACUACGUCUAUGAGGACGACGACGACGACGACGGCUCCGUCACCAGCGGCAGCAGCAGCAGCAGCAGCAGCAGCUCGUCGUCGCGCACACCCCGCCGUAGGAAGCCAAUGGCAGGCGGUGCUCGCCGCCGCCCACCGGAUUCCGACUCUGGUUCGGAGUCGGACUCGUCCUCCUCGUCGGGCGGUAGCGCCGCCGCAUAUAACCCCCCUCCGAGGCCCGGCCCUCCAGGCGGUAUGCGCGCCGCCCCUCCUGCCGGGAUGCGCCCGCCGGUUCCGCCCGGCAUGCGUCCGCCCUUCCCGCAGGGUGCCGGUGCGCCGCACGCCUUCCCACCUGGCUCAAGACCCAUGCGCCCGCCGGGUAUGCCGGGUGGUGCCAGGCCACCAAUGCCCAGGCCGAUGGCGGCAGCCGGGGGACCUCCGCCGCCGCCUCCUGGUUGA